UAGGGCAAACCUGACCCCCCAAAAAACUCUUUGUACCACACAGUCACGCACCGAAGAAGCAUAUUUGAGCUCCGAUUUCACCACCGCCACCAUGACCGGCGCGGCGCCGUACGACUCCGAUCAACCACACGGCGACUCCGCCUCCAGCUAUGACCCGAACUACGUGCCGGACUCCGUGAAGUCAUUUGUGGUGCACAUGUACCGCCAUAUACGGGAGAAGAACGUCUACGAGAUCCACCAAAUGUACGAGACAUCGUUCCAGAGCAUUAGCGAUAGGUUCUUCAAGGACGCCCCAUGGCCUUCCGUCGACGCCGUCGCCACCUACGUCGACAACGACCACGUCUUCUGCCUGCUCUAUCGCGAGAUGUGGUUCCGCCACCUCUACGCGCGCCUCUCGCCCACGCUUAAGCAGCGGAUUGAUUCGUGGGAUAAUUAUUGCAAUCUCUUCCAGGUUGUAUUGCAUGGAGUGGUGAAUAUGCAACUGCCAAAUCAGUGGUUGUGGGACAUGGUUGAUGAAUUUGUGUACCAGUUCCAGUCAUUCUGUCAGUAUCGUGCUAAGAUGAAGAACAAAACUGAGCAGGAGAUUGCACUUUUGCGCCAGUAUGAUCAGGCGUGGAAUGUGUAUGGUGUCCUCAAUUAUUUACAAGCACUUGUGGAGAAGUCUUCGAUCAUUCAGAUUCUGGAACAGGAGAAGGAAGGUCUUGAGCAGUUUACUGCUACAGAUGGAUAUGAUUAUAGUGGUGGAAGUAAUGUGUUGAAGGUCUUGGGGUACUUCAGCAUGGUAGGCCUGCUUAGAGUUCACUGUUUAUUGGGUGAUUAUCACACUGGGCUGAAGUGCAUACUACCUAUUGACAUAAGUCAACAAGGUGUCUAUACCAGUGUCAUUGGGAGCCACAUAACCACAAUAUAUCACUAUGGAUUUGCAAAUCUCAUGCUUCGGAGGUACACGGAGGCAAUUCGAGAAUUCAAUAAAAUACUUAUUUACAUAUUCAAGACUAAGCAGUAUCACCAGAAGUCCCCUCAAUAUGAACAGAUACUGAAAAAGAAUGAGCAAAUGUAUGCUUUGCUUGCAGUCACUCUUUCCCUCUGUCCUCAAUUGAAGCUUGUUGAGGAGACUGUCAACUCUCAGCUGCGGGAGAAGUAUGGUGAAAAAAUGUUGAGAAUGCAGAGAUAUGAUGAUGAGGCGUUUGCUCUAUAUGACGAGCUCUUCUCUUAUGCGUGCCCAAAGUUCAUCACUCCAUCUGCCUCAAGUUAUGAGGAGCCACUUGUAAAUUACAACCAGGAUGCCUAUAGACUACAGUUGAAGUUGUUUCUCUAUGAAGUAAAGCAGCAGCAACUAUUAUCAGGCAUUCGGACCUUUUUAAAUGUAUACUCUACAAUCUCCAUUGCAAAGCUGGCCUCAUAUAUGGAAGUUGAUGAGGAUACUUUGAGGACAAUUUUGAUGACAUACAAACACAAGAUGCAUUCGGUUGAUUCAGAUGGAAAAAUAAUCUCCAACAUGGAUACCAAUUUCUACAUUGAUGAUGACAUGGUCCAUGUUGUUGAAUCCAAAGCACCAAAGAAAUACGGUGAUUACUUUAUGCGCCAAAUUGUCAAGCUUGAAGGGAUAACGUCUGAUAUCGACAGAGUAAAGCUGGAGUAAGAAAUAAAGUCUUGCUCUAUGAUUUUGCCCUUUUCUCGGUUUCUGGAAGGUUUCCUGGGCAAAAACUCAAAAUAUUCAGAGUAAGAGAGGAACAAGGUCGUUUUGUUGCAUCAUUUUUUAUCUUCCGAGAUUGUGUUGCAUGUUAAAUAUGAUUCAAUACUCGUGUCGAUUGUCGAAUAUUAGAUCUCGAAUUUAUCGCUUUAGGAUUGUUAAGAAGAGUACGUUUAUUCUGACAUUUUCUUUCGUUUUAGGAAGAGUUUCCUGUUUAAAGAUCAGAUCUUUUUUAUUUUAAUAAAUAACUUGAAUCUUAA